AUGAAAACAAAUUUUAUUGUUAAACAGGCACUUGCUGACCGAGGAGCUGAACGAGAAUUAAUGAUGAUUAAAAUUGAUUGUUAUUCAUGUUCUUGGAAUGGAUUAUACAAUGAUUAUAAAGAACAUCUCGGACAAAUACAUGCAUAUUUAGAAUGUAGUAAUUGUCAUAAACAUUUUUUUUCGACAAAUCUAUAUGAAGAACAUCUCCAAGAGCUUUGUGAAAAUCGAUCAGUACAGUGUGGAUUACCUGGUUGUAUCGAGCGAAUAAAAUGGUCUGAAAUAGGAAAGCACUUCUUAUGUGAAACACAUCAGAAAAUAUUACUUGAAGUUAUUACUCAAUACUUUUUUCUGAAAAAAUGUUUAGCUAAUAAUGUUAAUUGCUCGACAACUACAUUUAACGUUGUUAGUAAUAUAGAACAAGAACUGACUACUGUUCAAGAAAAUAUUAAUACUCUUCUACCAGGAGUAGAAAAUUCUUUGAAUAAUUGUGCAAGAUUGAAAUCUGAACAUGAUCAAAUCAAAGCAACAUGUGAUAAUUUAACUUCACAAAGAACUACAGUAAGAAAAAUGAUCCAAGACGGUAAUGAAAUAACUAAUAAAUAUAUACAAGAGCAAAACGAAAUGGAAAAACAAAUAGAUCAUAUUAAUAAAUUACAAAUCAUUACGAAGACUUUUACAUUAGAUAGUGAUAGUACAGCAACAUUUGCUUUUAUUAAACAUUCUCACGAAAUGAAUGUACCAUUUUCAAUAUAUUCGCCAAGAUUUAAAACAUCACAGUUUGGAUAUUGUUUUAUGAUCCGCGUAUGUUCAACUAUCAUAUCUGAAAAUGAAAAUCAAGAAUAUUUAUCAAUUUACAUAACAUUACUUCGUGGAGAGUUUGAUCCAAUCCUUUUGUAUCCAUUUCCUUAUAACAUAUAUCUAUGUUUAUGUGAUCAAUCAAACCAAAGAAAACAUAUUGUAUCAAUAAUUAAAGCUGAUGCAAAUAAAUUAUCAUUUAUGCGCCCAACAAGCGAGAAGAAUGAUGAAGUUGGUAUAAUUAAAUUUUGUCCAUUGAAUUUUCUCAAAAAUGGACAAAAUAAUUAUUUAAAAGAUGAUAUCUUUUUCAUUCGAAUAUUUAUCGACUUCAUGAAUAAUGGAAUAAAUCCUUUUAAUGUGAUUAUUGAAAGAUCUAACAUAAAGUGA